AUGUCAUAUUUGCCGACCUAUUCCGAUGAUUUUCAAACUGGUCAACAAGGCCGUAGGCAGCGUAGUAACGAUAAUGAGAAUGGUCAGGACCACGGAUAUGGUCAACAAUCAGUGCCGAUGGUAAUCAAGAGGCUUUUCAAGACACCAAGGAACUUGGACGUCGAGACUGCCAGUUGGGAAAUGUUCCAUUUGAUUUUCCAUCCAAGAAAAGCCUAUAGAUCGAUAUACUAUCAACGACAAACGAAAAAUCAGUGGGCAAGAGAUGAUCCCUCUUUUUUUAUCUUUCAAAUAGUCCUGAUUUCCAUAAGUUCAGUUACUUGGUCGAUUUAUAAUUCAGGAUUUAAGAAUGAUGGUGUGAGUAUGGGGUUUUUUGGCAUUAUGGGCCAUUUUUUUAAAAGUUUAAUAAUGAUGGUUGUUUUGGAUUUUUUCAUAUUUGGAUUCAUUAUGGCAACGAUUUUUUACGUUUUGCUGAAUAGAUCAUACUUCAAGUUCAAAUCUAGUCGUAAUACCGUGGUGGAGUGGGCUUAUUGUUUUGAUGUUCAUUGUAAUUCAUUUUUAAUCAUCUUGCUGUGCCUGUACUUCAUUCAAUUUUUACUGUUACCUGUAAUUAAUCUGCAAAAUUGGAUUUCCUUACUGAUUGGUAAUUCGCUAUAUUGUUUCGCCAUAGGUCAUUAUUUUAUUUUGACGUUCUAUGGAUAUAACCAAUUGCCAUUUUUGAAAAAUUUGAACUUCAUACUUCUACCAACAUUAGGAUUGUCAAUAAUCUAUCUCAUUAGCUUAUUUGGCAUCGACCUCUCGAAAAGAUUGAGUUUCUAUAAUUAUUGA